UCCAAAGCAAAAUCUAUUCUCUCCAAAAUUCUUCUUUUGGCGCCUGUUUUGAAUCUUAUUAACGGUGUGCGUUCUAUGUGUUAGUGAGAGAGAGAGAGAGGUGCAUCAAUGGCGGAUUCAACAGAUGGUUCUUCAAGUUUCUGGACUCAGGCUAACGCUUUGUUCAGAAAAAAUUUGACCUUUCAGAGAAGGAAUUUCAAGACAAAUGUGAGGCUCAUAUUAUUCCCAGUCUUCCUCUGUUUGUUACUUGUAGCACUACAAUAUUUAGUGAACAUCGAACUAGAUAAACCCUCUUUAAAAUGUGGUUGCACUUGUAUUGAUAAAGAUGGGGAUGGUGAAUGCGAGAGAGUGUGUGGGAUUGAAUACUCAGAUUUGGACCAAGUGGCUACGUGUUCCAUUCCUAGUCCACCUGAAUGGCCUCCAUUAUUACAAGUACCAGCUCCACAGUAUCGAGCAGUGAGAACUGAUCAUUUGCUUUCAUUUGGAGAUUUUCCUGAUGACUCCUGCACAAGUACACCUUCCAGCUGCCCUACAACUGUACUUAUGACUGGAAAUAACCAAUCCCUUGGAGAGAAUUUGGCUAGAAAUAUGUUCCCAGGUUCAUCCAAUUUUAACUCAUCCAACGGUCUGGCUGAUGUUGUAUUGGGGUCAGCUUCGGAGACUCCGGUAUCCAACAUUCUUGAGCCUGCUUUCUUCUCGAGUCUUCCAGUCUACUAUGUGCAAUCUCAGUGCCAAGCCAACUCCACUUUUUCUAUUUCAGUCCCAGUGGGGUCUACGAAAGUGGAGAAAGAAAUUAGAUGUGUCCAAGGUCAACAUUUAUGGCGCAACAGGUCUUUUGAUAUUAACAAUGAGCUGUAUGCGGGAUACAAGAGGGGAAACUCAGAGAAGAAAAUAAAUGAGAUAUUAGCAGGCUAUGAUUUCUUGAAUUCCAAUGUCAGUAGUUAUGAUGUGAUAGUAUGGUACAACUCUACCUAUAAGAAUGAUUCAGGAAAUAUUCCCAUAGGACUUGUCCGGGUUCCUCGCUCAAUAAAUUGGGUUUCAAAUGCUUUCCUACAACUUCUGCUUGGACCUUCUACACAAAUGUUGUUUGAUUUCGUAAAAGAGAUGCCGAAACCUGAAACACUACGCAGGCUGGACUUCUCUUCUCUCCUUGGACCAUUAUUCUUUACAUGGGUCAUCUUGCAACUAUUCCCUAUUGUACUAACAGCUCUGGUUUAUGAGAAACAACAAAACUUAAGAAUCAUGAUGAAAAUGCAUGGACUUGGGGAUGGUCCUUAUUGGAUGAUUUCUUACGCAUACUUCCUUGCCAUAUCUUUGGUUUACAUGUUCUGUUUCGUGGUCUUUGGCUCAGUUGUAGGGUUAAAGUUCUUCACAUUGAAUGACUACAGCAUCCAGUUUGUGUUCUUUUUCAUCUACAUCAACUUACAAAUUUCUCUGGCGUUUCUAGCAGCUGCUCUCUUCUCUAAUGUGAAGACUGCUGCAGUUGUCGGGUACAUUAUUGUUUUUGCAACCGGUCUCGUGGGAGCAGGAUUCUUCCAGUUCUUCCUUGAAGCCACAUCAUUUCCAAAACAUUGGAUUGUUGUGAUGGAGUUAUACCCGGGGUUUUCUCUUUACCGUGGAUUAUAUGAUUUUUCACAAUAUGCUUUUACGGGAAACUAUAUGGGGACUCAUGGAAUACGUUGGGGAGAUUUAACUAACGAGCAUAAUGGGAUGGGUCGAGUGCUAAUAAUGAUGCUUGUGGAAUGGGUGGUGGUUUUCUUUAUCGCGUACUAUAUUGACCACGUUUUAACAUCGGGAAGUGGUGCCCAGAGAGGUCCACUUUUUUUCUUGGAAAAGUUCAAAAAUAAGCCAUCUUCUUCAUUCAGGAAGCCCGCAUCGUCAUUCAGGAAGCCUAGUUUACAAAGGAAGGGUUCAAAACUAUACCUAGAGUUGGAGAAACCUGAUGUUGUCCAAGAGAGAGAGAAGGUCGAGCAGAUACUAGUUGAACAAGACACGAACCAUGCAAUUGUCUGUGAUAAACUCAAAAAGGUGUAUCCGGGAAGUGAUGGAAACCCCAAGAAGAUUGCAGUUAGAGGGUUGACACUUGCAUUAUCUCAAGGGGAGUGCUUUGGUAUGCUUGGUCCAAAUGGUGCUGGCAAAACCUCAUUCAUUAAUAUGAUGAUUGGGCUAGUUAAGCCAAGCUCUGGCACAGCAUAUGUACAUGGCCUGGAUAUAAGAACAGACAUGGAUGGGAUUUAUGCCAACAUGGGUGUCUGUCCUCAACAUGACCUGCUCUGGGAAACGCUAACAGGUAGGGAGCAUCUUCUUUUUUAUGGAAGACUUAAGAACCUUAAAGGCACCGCCUUGACACAAGCAGUUGAAGAAUCUCUAAGAAGUGUAAAUCUAUUCAAUGGUGGGGUUGCAGACAAGCAAUCCGGGAAGUACAGUGGAGGAAUGAAGAGGAGACUGAGUGUUGCCAUUUCAUUAAUCGGAGAUCCAAAGGUAGUAUACAUGGAUGAGCCCAGUACUGGGCUUGACCCAGCUUCAAGAAACAAUUUAUGGAAUGUUGUCAAGCGAGCUAAACAAAACCGUGCGAUUAUUCUCACCACACAUUCUAUGGAGGAAGCAGAGCAUCUCUGUGAUCGGUUAGGGAUUUUUGUAGAUGGAAGCUUGCAGUGUGUUGGAAACCCUAAAGAGUUGAAAGGUAGAUAUGGAGGUUCAUACGUGUUCACAAUGACAACAUCCUCAAAUCACGAGGCAGAUGUAGAAAACCUUGUAAAAGGUCUCUCGCCAAAUGCUAAAAAGAUAUACGAAAUAUCAGGGACACAAAAGUUUGAAUUGCCAAAAGAAGCCAUCAAAAUAGCAGAUGUAUUUCGUGCUGUUGAGAAUGCUAAAAGGAGGUUUGUUGUUCAGGCAUGGGGGCUUGCAGACACAACUCUUGAAGAUGUUUUCAUUAAAGUUGCUCGAGAGGCUCAACCAUUCAAUGUUCUCUCAUGAUGAUUUCAUGUAACAAAUUAUCAGAGGAAGUAUAUUAUAUCUUUAUAAAAAAGUAUUUUAGUUUGUAAAAAUUUGAAUUUCCAUUAAUGUAUUGCUCCAAUCACACAUUUCGUGUAUUGUCUAACUCUGGUAGCUCUAAAAGAUAACUUGAUG